AUUUUCUAUCAUAAAGACUCUCGUCUGAGGAAAAAAAAAAAAAAAAUCUCUGUAAGUCGUUUUCAGAUACCAUGUUCGGUGCUAACCUCUCAACCACCCCUCCAUCUUCAAUACUAAAGCUUAACCCCUAAGCCUCUCUCACUCUCUCUCUAUCUGGAAUCAAGAAUUUCCAGAAAAAAAAGGCCCAAAAAGGAAGAAGAUGAAAGAGGAGCAGCAGCACCUCCACCACCAUCACCACCAGCAGAGAAAGAUCAUGACCGCCAAGAAACUCACUCGACCCACGGCGUAUGUCCUUCUCCUCUUGCUAUCCUACGUCUUGGGUUAUCUAUCCGCGCCGUCUUCCAGCUCAGUUCACUCUCCCACCGCCGGGACUGCAUCUAUCCCCACCACCGCAGGCGCCGCCUUAGCAGAAUCGGACCUCGGCCACUUUGGUGUCACGAGGAGGUGUGGCGACCCAGUUCCCUCAAAGCUCGUUCGGCAAACGAUUCUCGACCGGGUCUUCAAUGGCACUUCGCCGUUCGACUCGUUUCCGCCGCCGCACGUGGUCCACCUCCUCAGGCCGAAGAGAAUCAAGGGGUGGGGCUCGAACGGAGCCGUUUUCGAAAACCUAAUCCGGCGAGUGAAGCCCCGGACAAUAAUCGAGGUGGGGACGUUCUUGGGCGCGUCAGCGAUUCACAUGGCGGAGGUGGCGAGUCAACUCGGCCUCAAAACCCAGAUUAUAUGCCUCGACGAUUUCCGAGGCUGGCCCGGGUUCCGCGACCGGUUCAAGGACAUCGCUAUGAUCAACGGCGACGUCAUGCUUCUCUAUCAGUUCAUGCAGAACAUCAUCCACGUAAACGCAACGGACUCAGUCUUACCAGUUCCAUUCUCAACCGCAUCGACUCUAGACAAACUAUGCGAGUUGGGCGUGUUGGGUGACCUCAUUGAGGUGGACGCUGGUCACGACUUCAACUCAGCCUGGUCAGACAUUAAUCGAGCCUACAGAAUCCUCCGACCCGGCGGCGUAAUCUUCGGCCACGACUACUUCACUUCGGUCGACAAUAAAGGGGUGAGAAGAGCAGUCAACCUCUUCGCCCGACUCAACAAGCUCCGAGUCCAACUCGAUGGACAGCACUGGGUAAUCGACUCGGCUUGACUCACUCAGAAUGAAUCUCGCCUUACGUCCACAUAAUACAUCUACAUCUAAAACAAGAUAAAGAGAGAGUCAUUUCUUUUCUUAUGGUGGGGUCCGUCGCAGACGAUCGUGUGAUGAGACAAGGGACUGUUUGGAUUUUGUAUUAGUUCUUUUUCUGGUUGGUUAAUAUUUGUAGUUUAGGGACAGAUUAAUGACAGGUUACCAAAAACAAAAGAAUAAAGAUAAUAAAAAAGGAAACCCUUUGUUCUUUCUCA